AUUGCAAAAAAUUCAAAUGCUCAAAGCAUCCGCAUUUAACCAAUUGCCAGUUUUGGAAUCAAAAAAUUAGUUUUGUUCGUUAGACUGAUAGGCCAUGGCAUCUCUAGCUACCUUUGCUGCCGUGCAGCCAACUGCUGUUAAGGGUCUCGCUGGAAGCUCCAUUGCUGGAACUAAGCUUCAUGUCAAGCCUUCUUCUCUUGGUUUGAAACCCUCCCGAACCAGGGCUGGUCCGGUGGUAGCAAAGUACGGUGAGAAGAGCGUCUACUUUGACUUGGAGGAUUUGGGCAACACGACUGGCCAAUGGGACUUGUAUGGGUCAGAUGCUCCUUCACCGUACAACUCCCUCCAGAGCAAGUUCUUUGAGACAUUUGCAGCUCCUUUCACCAAGAGAGGUUUACUGCUCAAAUUCUUGAUACUAGGAGGUGGCUCCUUGCUUGCUUAUGUGAGUGCUACCGCAUCACCAGAUUAUCUGCCCAUCAAAAGGGGUCCUCAACUUCCCCCUAAACCCGGGCCCCGUGGCAAAAUCUAAUUAUUUCUCAGUUAAAGCUUUAAAAGCAUUUUUAUUUUCUUCAUGUGUACCUUCUAAAGCUUGUAAGUAUCUCUGGAGCGUAAUCGUGUGCCUGCUUAUUAUCACAAUGAUUGUUUACUACUUGGGGGCACCAUUGCUUUGUUGCUCAUCUUUAAUCUCCUGGAUGAGAUUUUACUCGUC